AGCUGUUGCUUACUUCGUAUCUACCCGCUGUUCUCUCUCUAUCGCCUGACACAACCGCACACUACCAUGCGAUUCCUUCAGGUUCUCUCGGUUUAUGGGAUAGUAGCAGCGGUGGCGGCAACGGCUCAUCACGAUGAAGCAUUGCCACGCCGCGGCAGCCGGACGAGAAGCAACCCUCAUAUCCAGGCGGAGGUCGCAGCACAUUCAAGACCAGCACGGGCAUCAUCAUCGAGAACAGCAACAAAAGGAGGACAAGAAACACCUCCACUGCUGUCAUAUUUCCGGGGCAGACGCGCUGCAGCAAAAUCAAGCGUAGCAGCAUCAGUGCCAGCAGCACUGGCUGGGUCGGUAUCACACGAGCAAUCGAGGGCACUUCGCGUCUCAGGAGGGAACUUAGAACUCGACGAGAUGAGGGAGAGAGAGGAGCAGAAGAGAGUGAGGAGCGUCUUGCUCUACUACCCUAACCUCAUAGGCUACGCGAGGGUGGCGCUGGUGUUGGCGAGCUACUACCUUGCAGAGACCAACUGGAAGGCAAGCUCAUGCUUCUACCUGGUCGCGUUUGCGGGUGAUGUGGUCGACGGUCACGUUGCAAGAAAGUUCAAGCAAGCCUCUCGGUUCGGCGCGGUGCUGGACAUGGUGACGGACCGCUGCUCGACGGCAGGGCUGCUCCUGGUGCUGUCCCGGCUAUACGACCGCCGCCACGCCUUCGCGUUUCUCGUGCUCAUUGUCGUCGAAAAGCAUCACAAAUCGACGGCUACCCUCAAGCGGAGGAACAUCUUGAUCCGCACGUAUUACGACAACCUCCCGUUCUUUGCCUUCUGCUGCAUCGGGGCCGAGCUGUUCUACGUGCUGCUGUACCUGCUGCACUUCGUCUCGGAAGAGAGCCGUGCCUUCACCCCGUUGCGCACGUCCUGCUUCUGGCUGUGCCUCCCGGCGUGUGUGCUGAAGCAGUUCGUCAACAUCGCGCAGAUUUUCUCGGCAGCGAGUUGUCUCGCUCUCGAGGAGCUGGAUCAGAAAGAACGCUAAGUCGACUGAGAUGAUAGCCGGGG